AUGGAGGUGUCACAAGUUCCAAGUGAAUGGGAAGCUAGUGCCCUAAUUGAGUCAGAAGAAAAGUCUAAGAUCACCAAUACAAUGAACUCGUGGAUAAACAUUGAAGCCAUCAACAAGAAUAUUCAUCUCAAAACAAAGCCUGCUCCUAAAAAGGUGGCUUCUGCAACGACGGGUGGUGACAAGAAAGCAGAUGGACCAGCUCAAACCAAAAAAGCUGUUGAACCUGAAGAUGUUGAGCCAUCUGAGAUGACCCUUGAAGAGAUAUAA